GAAGGAAUAGUAUGAUAUGCACUUAGUUAGUUAUAGAGGGCUUCAAUCGUGAUAUACGGCGGGGCCAGGAACACAAGUUUUAACAGAGAAAGUGAAACAAAUUCCAUUGCCAAAUCUUUGAGCUUCCCACAAGUUCAUCUAGGCUCAGUUUUUAGCCCCAAUCGAGGAAAUUCCUUGAAAACGCAUUGGUUAAUUUCUCAUCCCAGAUCGCCUAGAAGAGCAAUAUUUCAGCCGGGCAUCCAAUAUUUGUCAAAAGGGGGGCUUAGACGGAUGGAUAGUAGAUGGUAUAGUGGUAAACAGGAGAUGCACACUAGAAAGCAACAAAAAGAUGAGGCAUAUGAGGCUACUGUUCUUGAGGAUCUUGCUGAGGAUUUUCGUUUACCAAUUGGUCACAGAGUCACUGAGAAUGUAGAUUUGGAUAAUGUGGAGCAAGCAUCUUUAGACACACAGCUGACAUCAUCAAAUGUUGGAUUUAGGCUUCUGCAGAAGAUGGGAUGGAAAGGGAAGGGGCUUGGAAAGGAUGAACAAGGGAUAAUUGAGCCGAUAAAAUCAGGAAUAAGGGAUGCAAAAUUAGGUCUGGGAAAACAAGAAGAAGAUGAUUAUUUUACAGCAGAAGAAAACAUACAGCGUAGAAAGCUUGAUAUUGAAGUUGCAGAGACUGAGGAACUUGUAAAGAAGAGAGAGGUUAUAGCAGAGCGUGAGCAGAAAAUUCAAAGUGAGGUGAAAGAAAUACGGAAGGUGUUUUAUUGUGAUCUCUGCAACAAGCAAUAUAAAUUGGCAAUGGAGUUUGAAGCUCACCUAAGCUCCUAUGACCACAAUCACAGAAAGAGGUUCAAACAAAUGAGAGAUAUGCAUGGAAGCAGCAGUCGUGAUGAUAGACUGAAAAGAGAACAACAACGGCAAGAGAGGGAGAUGGCUAAGUUUAAGCAGAUGGCUGACACACAUAAGCAGCUGCAACAGCUGCAGAAUCAGGAGGAAGCUGGAACCCUUCCAGCCCCUCCUGCACCAAGUAAUGCUACUGCAGUUGCAGACCAAGAUCAGCGAAAAGUUUUGAAGUUUGGAUUUUCUGCAAAAGGCAGCACAGCCAAGAGCUCUAUUAAUAUUGCUGCAAAGAACAAGAAGCCAAAGGUUGCUGUUGCUUCAGUUUUUGGAAAUGACAGUGAUGAAGAAUAAAGAAUUUUCUGAUAUCGUGUUACUUUGAGAGCUCAGGAACAUCUGACUCGACUUCGAUGGGUAUCUGGGUACCAUUCAUUACCUUAGAAGACGUUCGUCUGGAGUAGCAGACAGGAUAAAUCCGGUUUCUCUGUUUACUUGUGCUGCACUAAGUUUGAAUGAGAGUCGAGACUAUGGAUAAUCGGUUUUCAAUAGCUUAGAUGGUCAAUAGCGUUUGCAGUCUGAAGGAUCAAAGGGCGUAGCAAUGUAUCCUCAUCUUACUAUUUUAUUGUAUGUCUCAUGUGAUGUUAAAAUUAAUAUUUACUUUAUAAGGAUCAGUUUCUAUCCCUAA